AUGUUCGCCUAUCACAGUAAACGUAGUUUAGUCUUAUCACUGAUUAGUCUUGGAUUCAUUAUUGCCACCCAAACAUCCGCACUGCUCUCGGAUGGAAAGCCAACCGCAAUGUCUUGGCAACAAUUAUUCGAUGUAAAUGCACACGGUAUGACCAAGCUCGGCUCUGACACGCAGGCACUAUCUACUAUGAAAACCAAUCCACAUCUUUCAGCCACCAGACAGGCCAGCAUUCAAGUUCUUCAUAACUACUUUACCCAUGGCGACAACAAGGCCAUUACUAUACUUGAUGUAGGCGUGACUAAAAUACGUGAGGAUCUUAGCAAGCACCAAGCCACCCCACCAGCUUUACUGUCCGAGUGUAGCCAUGUCAACUUAGUCUUUUGGCGCGAAGAACCAAACGUGUCCGCUUCUUCACCUCUGGACAAUGUACUCCAAACUGUGCCCGAACUUGAAGAAGUUCUUUACUGGGUCUAUCUCUACUUCCCCCUGGCCAUUCAAAUCAUACUGACCAAUGUGAAUCCAAGUCAAAGCAUCGCCCAGGUUUACCUCAAACCAGCUAGUCCUCUCGUUCCCCGCCUACCUAACUCAUCACUAGCCGCAGCGGUCGAGUACAAGAUAACUGCACUGACUGCCCGACAGGCACUGUGUUUUACUGGCGGAGCACUAAUGAAACCCAAACUAACAAUUACUCUUGAUCGCAUCAACCCCACCAACUCAGCUUAG